GAAAGCAAAUAAAAAAGUUUCUCGAGUAGAUUUCGAAAAGUGUAGGCCAAAAUUGUCGAGAUGUCAAAAGACGAAAUGUCCAUCAGACAUGGACCCAGUGUGUGGCACAGAUGCGAAAACAUAUACUAACCCUUGUCAGCUCAGUAUCGCGACUUGUCUCAAAGGGGUUCAAAUGGCUCAUAUUGGAAAUUGUACGACCCUUAAACGAUCACAAUCUUGCCCUUCAGAUUGUGAUAACGAAACCAAAGAACCAGUGUGCGGAUCGGAUGGAAAUGUUUACAAAUCUCUAUGUGACCUCAAGAAACAAACGUGCGAUCAGUUUGUAACGGAAGUUCCGCUUCAUCACUGUAAGACAACUGCCUCAUGUAACAUUACGUGCACCGACGAAAAGCAAUUUGUUUGUGGCUCGGACAAUAAAUUCUACAAAAAUGAAUGCGAAAUGAAGCGAGAAAAUUGCGGAAAACACGUUUAUGUUGUGCCAAUAAAACGUUGUUUGGCCGGUUUCAUGUUCAAAGGAUGCCAAAAAAUCUGCCCGACUUACUACGAUCCCGUCUGUGGAUCGGAUAACAAAACCUACAGCAACCUUUGUUUUUUGGAAAUCGAAAUAUGCCGAUCGAAGAACACCGUGUCGCUACAGUCCAUGGGAACGUGCACGGAACCAAUAAAAGAAAUGCCCAAAAACUAUUUGUACUGAUGAUUAGUUGAAUUGAUUAGCCGAGUGUUUCUAUUUUUAUUAUUUUUUUUUUGUUACACUUUCGAUCUAGCCAAAACGAAAAAACAACAAAAACCACUCAGUCUAACUUACUAAUUUAUUUAUUUUAUUUUAUUUUUGUCUAUUCGUGUGCCAAUUGCAGCUUGAAACCACGUAUCUUAAUGUAAU